AUGGCGAAUGUCCCGGUGUAUCCUGGACUGCAUCAGGCCGGAACGCAGGGGCCUGCUACCUCAAACCCAACACCGCCAUCCUUCGCGCCGCUGACGAGAGUGUUUGAGGCGAACGGAACGCUCUAUACGGAUUCUGUGUAUACCGAUGCAUUGGUGGAUCAGUACCUCAUUACUUGCGGAUCUGAGCUUGUGGAGGAAAUGAAUGGGACGGUCACGGAGCAGCCAAGUCUACAGGCGUGUAUCAAUGAUUGCCAUGAGGAUCCUGACUGUGAUGGAGUGACGUGGAGACCUGGUGGCGAGGAAGUGCGAGGUUGCUUCCAUAAGUCGGUCAAUGCAGUUGCGCAGGUUGCGGCUGUGAACUAUUGGUCGGCGCAGAAGGUCUACGAUGAUGGAGCGGCCGAUGAUGGCGAGGUUGUUUCGCCUACGGCUCCAGAAGUGCCGAUCGAGGAUCCUGGCAAUGGUGAUGAAGACAAUGCUGCCUUGUCGGCUUAG